GUUUACGAAAAUCAUAUGAUCCGACACAAACUCCUCCUCAGACAUGGCAUCCUACACGCAAGAUGAUGAUGACCACUAUCGCUCGGAGUUCAGCUCCAGCUACGUGGUGGGAUCCUUCCCCAAGGACUUUGUGUAUGGGCCAGACGACCCCGACCAGGAUAUCACCACCAUCCUCUCGCCCGACCAGAAGCCCAAGAUCCUGCUUAUGGGUCUGCGGAGGAGUGGAAAGUCCUCCAUACAGAAGGUCGUAUUCCACAAGAUGACCCCCAAUGAGACCCUGUUCCUGGAAUCGACCAACAAAAUAGAGUCGGAAAACAUAUCCAAUUCAUCCUUCGUGCAGUUCAAGAUCUUGGACUUUCCCGGACAGAUAGAUUUCUUUGAGCCUUCUUUCGAUUCCGAGAAGAUUUUUGGGGGACAGGGAGCCCUCGUCUUCGUUAUAGAUGCACAAGAUGAUUACAUGGAAGCCCUACAGCGGUUACACCAGACAGUCCUAAGAGCACACAAAGUGAAUCCGCAUCUACGAUUCGAGGUGUUCAUUCACAAGGUUGACGGCCUCUCGGAUGACACUAAGAUUGAGACCCAGCGAGACAUCCAUCAGAGAGCCAAUGACGAUCUCAUAGAUGCAGGCAUGGAACAGAUUCACCUGAGCUUCUAUUUAACUUCCAUUUAUGACCAUAGUAUAUUUGAAGCUUUUAGUAAAGUUGUACAGAAACUGAUCCCUCAGUUACCAACACUGGAGAACCUCCUGAACAUCUUUAUAUCAAAUUCUGGAAUAGAAAAAGCUUUCCUGUUUGAUGUACUCUCCAAAAUCUACAUAGCCACUGAUUCUUCCCCAGUAGACAUGCAGAGCUAUGAAUUGUGUUGUGAAAUGAUAGAUGUUGUUAUUGAUAUCUCUGACAUCUAUGGAAAAGAUGAAGGAGUGCAAGUACAGUUCGACAAGGAAAGUUCCAGUAUCAUCAAGCUGAAUAACCAGACAAUUCUCUAUUUGCGAGAAGUUAGCCGAUACUUAGCCCUAGUUUGCAUACUUAGGGAGGACAACUUUGACAGACAAGGUCUGAUCGACUACAAUUUCCUCUGCUUCCGAAAUGCAAUCCAGGAGGUGUUCGACGUGCGAACCAACCAGCUGCAGCAGCUGAACCACAACACCUCUACGCCACACCACCAGACCAACCACACGAAUGGUCCUACUUCCUAGUACACCCUCAGCAUCUAUCACUAGCACACCACCAUCCACCACCACUCAUUUCUUACUCACUGUUGAUGCCUCUCUCAUCCUCCUGCUGACGUCAUUCUGCACACUCACGGAAGAGCCUGAAAAGUCCUUGUAUGUGGCCUUCGGAUGUGUUUGAUGGUGAGUGGUGGCACACUCUGGGGUUACCAGGCUGCUGUCAGUGAGGUGACUGACACCUUGUUGGUUGACAAGGUUGCAGUACGACAAGCAACAUCACAUUUUCAUGCCGUAUUGGAAAGUUCAUUUAUGGAAGAAUGCUUAAAGGAUGUGUGGCAAUAUUUGACCUGAUUUUCUCUCUCUCUCUUUUUUAUGUAAACCACUUAGCCAAAAUUAUGUCAGCUUUUUUUUCUUUGUUUUUCCUGAAUAGUAUAAGCUUUAAUUUUUUUUUUUUUCACUUAGAAAUGAUUUGCAAAUAACUGUAUCAAUUAUCAUAUUGAUAAUUUAUGAUACUGAUGUAAGCAGACACACUGUCCUUUUCAAAAUCAGACCAUUAAGAUUUAUCACCAAAACCAAGGGCAUAAUAGUUAUAACAUUCAUAGCAUUUAGUGAGUGAGAUAGUUUAGUAGUGAUGCUGUUGUUCCUGUAGAAUUAAUUGAAUUAUCUGUUUAGGAUUUGGAAGUUUGAGUUAGCAAAAGGCUGAGGGGACUAUCUUUCUUUUUUCUAUUUUUUUACCAAUUGGUAUUUUGAAUAUAUUUAUACCAUGAACACCUCUCUUUAUUUAUUUUGAUAUGAAUAGAAGGGUGGACAGAUAUUAUAAACAUAUUUUAUUUAUUUUUGUAGAUAUUUAUUAUUACAGUAUGAUUAUUCUUGCUCAUAUCUAAUGCCAGUAUAUUGUUUUUAGUUUGUAACAUUAGUUGUUUCUUCAUUUUUAUUAUUUUACUAGCUGAUGUUGAGUAGAUGAUUUGACAGUGUUUUGACAUCUUUAUCCAUCAACUUGUUUUUUUUUUUUUUAGACAAGAUAAUUUCCAUAGAUUUGCCACAAGGUCAUUUUGCUGUUGAUGUAUAUUCACAACAGCAUGGAAAAUAUUUCAACAAACAAUGGACAGGCAACCUUUAAUUUUUUCUUCUGCACUUUUGUGUGUGGUGAUUUAUUUCACAUAAAUCUGAUAAUGAAAGCAAGUUUUGAAAUAAUGUUCAGUUAGAGAAAAUAUAUAACCCCCCAAAAAAAUCUUUUUAUUUAGGUUUAGGGAUUUUUGAUCAGUAAAGUGGAGGGCAGCGUUUGGAAAAGGAAAAUGAUAUUAUAGUUGGCUUUAAUUUGUCUCUACUCAAAUUGUUAAGACGUACAUUUAUAUUUUUUGUUAGGUGUUUUUCUCGACUUUUUCAAAAAAGUUUUUUAGAAAAUCACCAAACAACAUUUUGCGGGUUUCUAACAGUGCUUUCAGAUGCAAUGAUUGAUUGGCAACAUAAUUGUAAAUACAUUGGUACACCAUAGAUAAUGAAAGAUUGGAAGUUUAUAAGUUUGCUAAAGUGUACCAUAGGCUUACUAGAUACAGCAUUGUGUGUACUUUUUUCACAAUAAAGAUUAUUGAAAUACUAAAAUAAUAAUAGCAUUAUAUGAAAAAUGGCAUUUAUAAAUAUGUGAGUUACAUGAUUAAGCUUAUUUGUAGUCAAAAGGCUGACAGGAAAUUUAGGACAGUAGUAAAAAAAAAUAUGAAUUGAAGGAAAAAGUAAAGGAGAGACAGAAAGAGGGAGAGGAGAAGGAGAGAGGAAAAGAAAAAUUAAUUGGCAAUUUGUAUGCCUUUUUUUUUUUUCUUUGUUUUUCCUGAAUAGUAUAAGCUUUAAUUUUUUUUUUUUUUCACUUAGAAAUGAUUUGCAAAUAACUGUAUCAAUUAUCAUAUUGAUAAUUUAUGAUACUGAUGUAAGCAGACACACUGUCCUUUUCAAAAUCAGACCAUUAAGAUUUAUCACCAAAACCAAGGGCAUAAUAGUUAUAACAUUCAUAGCAUUUAGUGAGUGAGAUAGUUUAGUAGUGAUGCUGUUGUUCCUGUAGAAUUAAUUGAAUUAUCUGUUUAGGAUUUGGAAGUUUGAGUUAGCAAAAGGCUGAGGGGACUAUCUUUCUUUUUUCUAUUUUUUUACCAGUUGGUAUUUUGAAUAUAUUUAUACCAUGAACACCUCUCUUUAUUUAUUUUGAUAUGGAUAGAAGGGUGGACAGAUAUUAUAAACAUAUUUUAUUUAUUUAUUUAUUUUUUUUAGAUAUUUAUUAUUACAGUAUGAUUAUUCCUGCUCAUAUCUAAUGCCAGUAUAUUGUUUUUAGUUUGUAACAUUAGUUGUUUCUUCAUUUUUAUUAUUUUACUAGCUGAUGUUGAGUAGAUGAUUUGACAGUGUUUUGACAUCUUUAUCCAUCAACUUGUUUUUUUUUUUUUAGACAAGAUAAUUUCCAUAGAUUUGCCACAAGGUCAUUUUGCUGUUGAUGUAUAUUCACAACAGCAUGGAAAAUAUUUCAACAAACAAUGGACAGGCAACCUUUAAUUUUUUCUUCUGCACUUUUGUGUGGUGAUUUAUUUCACAUAAAUCUGAUAAUGAAAGCAAGUUUUGAAAUAAUGUUCAGUUAGAGAAAAUAUAUAACCCCCCCAAAAAAUCUUUUUAUUUAGGUUUAGGGAUUUUUGAUCAGUAAAGUGGAGGGCAGCGUUUGGAAAAGGAAAAUGAUAUUAUAGUUGGCUUUAAUUUGUCUCUACUCAAAUUGUUAAGACGUACAUUUAUAUUUUUGUUAGGUGUUUUUCUCGUCUUUUUCAAAACAAUUUUUAGAAAAUCACUAAACAACAUUUUGCGGGUUUCUAACAGUGCUUUCAGAUGCAAUGAUUGAUUGGCAACAUAAUUGUAAAUACAUUGGUACACCAUAGAUAAUGAAAGAUUGGAAGUUUAUAAGUUUGCUAAAGUGUACCAUAGGCUUACUAGAUACAGCAUUGUGUGUACUUUUUUCACAAUAAAGAUUAUUGAAAUACUAAAAUGAUAAUAGCAUUAUAUGAAAAAUGGCAUUUAUAAAUAUGUGAGUUACAUGAUUAAGCUUAUUUGUAGUCAAAAGGCUGACAGGAAAUUUAGGACAGUAGUAAAAAAAAAUAUGAAUUGAAGGAAAAAGUAAAGGAGAGACAGAAAGAGGGAGAGGAGGAGAGAGGAAAAGAAAAAUUAAUUGGUAAUUUGUAUGCCUUUUUUUUUUUUCUUUCUUUCUUUCUUUUUUUUUUGUGAAAAAUGAAAUAAAAAAAUACAUGUACCCUCUUCCAUGGCCAAUAUUUGUUGGUUAGAGAUGUCAGUAACUAGAGCAUUGCAUAUUCAGGUUUUCUGCAAUAACAUCGUGAAUUAAAUUAUGUAUGCUGGAAUUUUCAGUCAGCGUUAUCUUCUUAUUUGUAUUAUGGGAGAAUGAUUUUGGUCCCAUUUGUUGAAUUUUGAAGAUAGGCCUUUUGUUAGUCUUCUCGCAUAAAGCUUUAAGUAAACGCAGUAUAUUUUGAUUACGUGGGUUUCUCUGAAGUUUCUGUUAUCAUUAUUAUUAUUAUUAUUGUUAUUAUUAUUAUUAUUAUUAUUAUUAUUGUUAUUAUUAUUAUUAUUAUUAUUAUUAUUAUUGUUAUUAUUAUUAUUAUUAUUAUUAUUAU